AACCAUCCCUUCAAAUGGAAAAAUCAAUGAUUACAGAAGUUGUAGGACUGGUGAACUUUACAUCAUCAUUUUUCACCAUUGUGGCCUUGUUGGCUGGAGUGUUGGUCUACUUUUACCAACCAAUAUGGGGUGUUAGGAAAGUUCCUGGUCCUCCGACCAUACCACUGCUCGGACACUUGCCGUUGCUUGCUCAACAUGGGCCUGACUUGUUUGCUGUUCUUGCCAAGAGAUAUGGUCCUAUCUACAGGUUUCACAUGGGGAGACAACCACUAGUGAUUGUGGCUGAUGCAGAGCUAUGCAGAGAAGUUGGAAUCAAGAAAUUUAAAGACAUUCCAAACAGAAGCAUUCCCUCUCCUAUUUUGGCUUCUCCACUUCACAGAAAAGGUCUUUUUUGGAUAAGGGAUUCAAGAUGGUCAACUAUGAGAAACACUAUAGUUUCAGUGUACCAACCAUCAUACUUAGCAAAACUAGUCCCCAUGAUGCAAUCCUUUAUAGAAACCACAUCUCAAAACAUCCCAACGGAUGAUCAAGACAUAGUCUUCAACGAAUUCUCACUCAAAAUGGCUACCGAUGUGAUUGGAAAAGCCGCUUUCGGGUUUGAUUUUGGCCUCUCUAACCCAAACAGCCAUCAAAACAACGAUAAACAUACCGAAUCAUUUAUCAAGCAACACAUUUACUCCACUACAAUGCUUAAAAUGGACUUAUCCGGUUCAUUUUCAAUCAUUUUAGGCCUCCUUCUCCCUAUACUUCAAGAACCCGUUCGCCAAAUACUCAAGCGAAUUCCUUACACCAUGGACUGGAAGAUUGAAAGAACAAACAAGAACUUGAAUAGUCAACUUGACCAAAUAGUGGUUAACAAAAUGAAAGAGGAACAAAGAGGGUCAAAAGAUUUCUUGUCAUUGAUAUUGAAUGCAAGAGAAUCUGAGACUGUUUCCAAGAACUUGUUCACACCGGAUUACCUCAGUAGCAUUGCUUAUGAGCACCUCUUGGCUGGAUCAGCGACGACAUCAUUCACUCUAUCGUCUUGUGUUUAUUUGAUUUCUGGGCAUCCGGAAGUAGAGAAGAAGUUGCUUAAAGAGAUUGAUGAGUUCGGUCCACCUGACCAGGUUCCAACUGCUGAUGAUCUUCAAUCAAGAUUCCCGUAUCUUGAUCAGGUGGUCAAGGAAGUAAUGAGGUUUUAUGUAGUUUCUCCUUUGAUAGCUAGGGAAACAUCAACACAAGUAGAGAUUGGAGGCUAUAUUCUCCCCAAGGGUACAUGGGUGUGGUUGGCAGUUGGAGUUCUUGCCAAGGACCCCAAAAAUUUCCCGGACCCCGAAAAGUUCAAGCCAGAGAGAUUCGAUCCAAAUUGUGAUGAAGAAAAACGCAGGCAUCCGUAUGCAUUCAUACCCUUCGGUAUCGGGCCUCGUGUGUGCAUUGGUCAAAAGUUCUCUUUGCAAGAGAUCAAGCUCACAUUGAUUCAUUUAUACCAAAGAUAUGUGUUUAGACACUCACCCAAUAUGGAAAGCCCUUUGGAGUUUGAUUUUGGCAUAGUUCUUAACUUCAAAAAUGGUGUUAAGGUUAGAGCCAUUAAAAGAACGUAAUAUUUUGCACCCUCUCUCAUUGUAAUCUUCCUUAUAAUAAUUUUCAAUGAUAGAAUUUUAAUUUAUCAAACCUGUAUAUAGGGGUAGUUUAAUCAAUGUUUAAAAACCUAUUAAGUAAACUGUUUUCUGAAA